CAGGAGGAGGGGAGAGAUGGGCAGGGCAUUUCCAGCAUGCACACUUCGUCCCUCGUUCGUUUAUCGCGGACUUCUCCCAGCCUCGUGGCCUCGUGACGCUGCACUAGUUGCCAUGGCGGCGCCCCCUUUGGAUGACGUGCUCGCCACUGCUAAGCACGCCGCGCUGCUGGCAGGCGAGCAGAUCAUCGCCGCCUGGCAGACCACAGGGGUGGUGAAGGAUACGAAGAGCAAUGCCACGGACCUCGUCACCGAGACAGACCACCGGUGCGAGGAUAUGAUAAUCGAGCUUUUGCAGGAGAAGUACCCGGAACACAGCAUCAUCGGGGAGGAUCGGCUUGCUAUAAUGUUUCGGGGGUUCUGCGAAGCUCCUCAGUUCUUUGAGCGGUGCGCGCCAGUCUUAUGGAGUAUGUUAUGUCAGUGUGUGUUUGGUUUGGAUUUUCGCACAUAACGCUCUUCCCCUCGCACUGAAUCCGCAUCUGUUCGGCAUUUUGCAGUAUCUUUAUGCGAGUUGCUGCACUCGCUUUAUAAAAUCGAUCGAUUAUCCCGUGCCUGUCACUGGAGGUACAUCCCGUCAGAGUUUUUAGUGUGUGUUUGUUUGUGCGUGUGUGUGUGUGUGUGUGCUUGAUUUGGUUCGCAUGUCCAAUCGCUUGAUUUGCGCGCCCUUGCGGCCAAGUACUGCUCACUGUGAGUCGUGUAGGAUAAUCCCAGGCUUGGUUGAGAUCGAUCCCCGCCUCCCAGAGGACGCCCCCCCCUCUGCUGAGGAGACAGCCGGCUCUUCCAAGUACCAGCUCACAGACGGACCCACAUGGACGAUUGACCCUAUCGAUGGCACCACGAACUUCGUGCACCGGCUGGCCGCGUGGCUCGGCAAAAGGUAAUAAGGGAAUAGCGUGACAGGGUAAGAGGACACGGAGAAAUCGGAGGAUGACGAGAGCUGUGGGUUCGAGCACAAUUUGGAGGCCAUGGGAAAAAUGAUGCCGUAGCGAGAAGGCGAGAGUCCGAGGAGGAAAGGAUCAAUCUUCCAAGUAUGAGCUCGCAGACGGACCCACGUCGACCGAUUCCAUCAGUGGCACCACAGGUUUCGUUCAUUGGCUGCCCCGCACCGCUCGGCCACAGGGAGUGGGAGGAGUCUGUUUUGGGCGGGGAGGAAGAGACGGAGGGUGACAACGAUGUUCCACCCCCGUGACGUUCCCCAUCACGGGAGACCGUCGCCAUGAAUUAGCGGCGCGCUCAAGGCAGUAGCGUGAGGGGGACGGCAUUCUAAAAAGGCGGGGGAGU